UAGUUGGAUGGUGGCAAUAGCAUUUCUGAUGCUCGCUAUAUUCCAAUAAUUGUUCACUUAAUUAGAGUUGUUUUUUAGAAGAGGAGGAAAUGAUCUAAAUAAGUAAUUUAUGAUAUUUUUAAAAAGCUUCUUUAAAGAGGUUGAUACUAAAUUUGAUAAAGCAACAACUUGCUAAUCUAUACAGAGAUAUUACAGAUUGGAUGAAAGUGAUCAAUUAGACUGGAAUGCUUAAUUAUUAAAUAUGCUUAUGAUCGUAAUAUCGACACUUAGAAAAUAUUUAAGCAAUGUUUAAGAAUAAUUUUGAAAAGGCUUAUGAUUACCGAAAUAAAUAAUCCUGAGUCGUUCAUUUGUUAAUAAAAUAUAUUGUUGUAAUUGCAAAUCUCUAUGAAAAUAUGUAACUUUAUCUUUAAAAAUUGAGAAUGAGAC